CUUCUCUUCAUUCAUAUCUCUUUUUUUUUUUUUUCUUUCUUUCUUAACAAACAAACAUAAAUCCUCUCUUAGACCCUAACCGUGUUUCGUUCUCUCUCUCUCUCUUUCUCUAUCUCUAUAAACCAAAAAUAAAUAAAAAUAAAACAACAGUCUCAGAUUCAUUAAAUUUUUCUACUUCUAUUCAUUUUUAUCAUUUAACAAAAAGAGUGAAAAAUUCUUAUAUAGUUAUAUAUAGAGGGAGAGAUACUUUCUAAAUAUAAUAUAUAUAUACAUAUAUAUAUUUUGAAAGUUAAUAAGAUAAGAUGCAAUCAAACGGUUCUGAUUCGCAGCAGCAACAGCCGCCACAGCAGGAGCAGAACCAACGGCAACAGCAGCAGCAGCAACUGCCGCCACCGGCACCGCAACCGCAAUCGCAACAGCAACAACAGUGGAUGGCGAUGCAGUAUCCAGCGGCUGCCAUGGUAAUGCAACACCAGAUGUUGCCACCUCAGCAUUAUGCGCCCCCGCCACCGCAGCACUACAUGACUGCAUACCAUCAAUAUCACCAUCACCACCCACACCCACACCAGCCACAACAACAUCAUCAGAACCAGGGAUCUAGCGGCGGCGGAUGCGGCGGCGAAAAUAGAACAGUAUGGAUUGGUGAUUUGCAUCAUUGGAUGGAUGAAAAUUAUCUCCAUACAUGUUUUGCUUCUACUGGCGAGAUUGUCUCAAUUAAGGUUAUUCGUAAUAAGCAGACCGGUUUGUCUGAGGGAUAUGGAUUUGUGGAAUUCUAUACGCAUGCAACAGCUGAGAAAGUUCUACAGAACUAUGCUGGUAUUUUGAUGCCUAAUACAGAACAGCCCUUCCGUUUGAACUGGGCGACGUUUAGUACGGGUGAUAAGAGAUCAGAUAAUGCACCUGAUCUUUCUAUCUUUGUAGGAGAUUUAGCUGCUGAUGUUACUGAUAGUUUAUUGCAUGAAACUUUCGUUAGUAGAUAUCCAUCUGUUAAAGCUGCAAAAGUUGUAUUCGAUGCCAAUACUGGUCGUUCAAAAGGUUAUGGUUUUGUAAGGUUUGGAGACGAUAAUGAAAGAACACAAGCCAUGACGGAAAUGAAUGGCGUAUAUUGCUCAAGCAGGGCUAUGCGCAUUGGUGCUGCAACUCCUAGAAAGUCCACCGGAUAUCAGCAUCAAGGCGGAUAUGUGUCAAAUGGUGCAUCCGGCCAAGCUUUCCAGGCUGAUGGUGAUUCUACCAACACAACAAUUUUUGUUGGAGGGCUUGACCCCAAUGUUACCGAUGAAGAUCUCAAGCAACCUUUUUCUCAAUAUGGUGAGAUAGUUUCUGUUAAAAUUCCAGUUGGUAAAGGAUGUGGUUUUGUACAAUUUGCCAGCAGGAGUAAUGCUGAGGAAGCAUUACAAAAAUUGAAUGGUACAGUGAUCGGCAAGCAAACAGUGCGCCUUUCUUGGGGUCGCAAUCCAGCAAAUAAGCAGCAGCUUCGAUCGGAUUUUGGCAACCAAUGGGGUGGAGCAUACUAUGGCGGGCAAAUUUAUGAUGGUUAUGGGUAUGCGUUGCCACCACCUCAUGAUCCAAGCAUGUAUGCCGCACCAUAUGGGGCGUACCCAGUGUAUGGCAGCCACCAACAGCAAGUAAGCUGAAAGAAUAGCAGCAUGAAGCCCACGUAGCCUUUUAGCAAUCCGAAUUUGUCACGGUCGAGAGUCCAACAAAAUGCGUCUCAUUUCUCCAUUAGUUCUAUUGUUUCUGUAGAAUGCUUAUAAAUCCCUCCAAUUUCUGGAGCGGAACCGAAUUUUGAUGACAUGAUGAGAGGUAGUUUGCUAGAGAUUUAAUUGAUUAAUCAUUUGUUUAGGAUUACGGAUGCUGAAGAAACAACUUAUUUAUUGGAAUGCAUGACUUUGUGAAUGUGUGGCAGAGUGCUUCGUGAAUAAAAAACAUGUGCUCCAAAUAAUGCUUA